AUGGCGGCUUAUAAUCCAAUGGAAGAACAAAACAAUGGAAAAUCAUCAUUUGGUCGUUUGAUGGUUAUUUUGAUGCUAAUUUUGGUAGUAGGAAUGAUCAUGUUAAGCCUAGUAUUUUGGCUACUUUUUGGAACUGAAGGACCGGUGUUUCACAUAUUAGCUUUAAGUGUUCCUAGUUUUAGGAUUAUUAACUCCUCAAUAGUUGGAAAUUGGCAAGUCAAUCUCACUAUGUGUAACAUGAAUAAUCACUCAAAAAUCAAAGUUUUUCAUGGCAAGACUUCCAUUUUUUACAAAACCUACCUUUUGGCUGUGACCCCUUUUGAUCCUGUAAAUUUGGAGGCUAAAGGUACAAAGAAUAUAUUGUCCAAUUUGACCACAUUACCUGAAGGAAAUGUUUUGGAUCAAUUGGCUAUAUCAGAAAUUAGUAAAGAUAAAAGUGAUGGGGACAUAGAAUUUUCCUUGGAGAUUUCUCUAAAGGCUGUUUUAGCUUCUGAUUUAGAGUGGCAAAGUCAUAAGAUGAUGGUUUAUUGCAAUAAUUUGAAAAUUAAGUUUGGACCUGAAGAUAAAGGAGAAUUGGUAGCAGCUGACAAAAUUAAAUGUUUAAUCAUUGGAUAA